CGAGUAGUCGCGAUAUAAAACUCGUGAGACACGCUCGUGAACAACGAAUUGUACCGUGGCUGUUUGCACAGGAGCACGAAGUUGCUUGUCACGCGCGUGCAAAAAGUUGUGCGUUCCACGUAUCAGUGAGAAUAGAACCGGAUCUCCCGUGACGAUUCCUCGAAUCGUCUCGAUUUCUCGACGAGGAGGUGUACCGAAAACGCGUCAAACACGAAGCUUCUAGAGGGCCGUAACACGGGGUGUAACAUCGAGGGGAGGCAAAUGAAAACGUCUACGUUAUCCUCGAGUGACAUGAUCAAACAGGAGAUCAAAGAUGUCUGCAAAGACUUCAUCCUGUCCGACGAUGCGCUUCGCCAGGUCAUGCAAAAGCUGAACGAUGAGAUGAACAAAGGUCUAUCGAAGGCGACCCACGAUCAGGCGGUUGUCAAAUGUUUUCCUACAUACGUGCAAGACCUCCCUAAUGGCACAGAAAAGGGCAACUUUCUUGCCUUGGAUUUGGGCGGAACGAAUUUCAGGGUGUUAUUGAUCGCCCUGGAUGGUCAGAAUUUCGAUAUGAAGAGUAAAAUCUACGCGAUACCGGAAAGUUUGAUGCUUGGAACCGGUACACAGCUGUUCGAUCACAUAGCUCAGUGUUUAGCACUGUUCGUUAAGGAUCUGAAGCUUCAUGACGAGGUUCUACCUCUUGGAUUCACCUUCAGUUUUCCAUUGAAUCAACACGGAUUAACGAAGGGUCACUUGGUCAGAUGGACGAAGGGUUUCGAUUGCAGCGGGGUGGUGGACCAGGAUGUCGUUGCUCUUCUCGAGCAGGCGAUAGAGAGAAGAAAAGACGUGAAAAUCGACGUGUGCGCCAUUCUCAACGACACGACGGGCACAUUAAUGUCGUGUGCCUGGAAAAACAGAAACUGCCGUGUAGGAUUGAUCGUUGGAACGGGAACAAACGCCUGUUACGUGGAGAAGACGGAAAACGUGGAGUGUUUAGAACCAGGAAAUUAUUCACCGGACAAACCACACAUGUUGAUCAACAUCGAAUGGGGUGCUUUUGGAGAGGGUGGCGUUAUCGAUUUCAUCCUCACGGAAUUCGAUCACGACAUCGACGCCAACUCGAUCAAUCCUUCGAAACAAUUGUUCGAGAAGAUGAUCUCGGGGAUGUACAUGGGGGAAUUGACGAGGUUGGCCCUCCACAAAAUGGUCAAAGCUGGCCUCCUCUUUGGUGGAAAAUGCCCGGCUGACCUCAAGAAACGUGGAAAAUUCUUCACGAAAUACGUCUCAGAAAUUGAAAACGAUCCCAAAGGAAAAUACACAAACUGCCGCGAAGUUCUGGCCGAGUUAGGGGCACGGAAUGUGAGUGAUCAGGAUUGCGAGAACGUCAGGUACGUUUGCUCGGUUGUAUCGAGGAGGGCUGCUCACCUGGCCAGCGCUGGAAUCGCUACCUUGUUGAACAAAAUGGGCGAGAACAACGUCACCGUCGGAAUCGACGGUUCGGUCUACAGAUUCCAUCCACACUUUCACGAUCUCAUGACCGAGAAGAUCAACCAGUUACAGCACCACAAGUUCGAUCUAAUGCUGUCGGAGGAUGGUAGCGGUCGUGGUGCGGCGCUGGUCGCCGCGGUGGCUGCUCAAAAACGGUGAAGGCAACGGCUGUGCCACGUCUAUUCGACUUAGCUUAAAUUAAGUUAUACGCAGUAAAUGAUAUCAAUUUGACACACCAUUAACACACAAACGUACACUAAAAGAUGCAUGAAAGUCACGCGUAUGUGUCGCGGAUGAAGUCGAUGAAACGAGCUAACGAUUAAAGGAAAAUUAAAAAAAAAAAGAGAGAGAAUUGAUAAAAAGAAGAAGCGAAUGAAACUUUGUCUGCAAGAGUGAACAGGACAGUGUGCGUGUAUGUAUGCGAGGAGGCUUGCAAACGAGAGUAUUGUACAUAGAGUAUAAAACGUAGCCUAAAUACUGAAUCGAAACGAGAAAAGAAAAUAUUUCAAACAGAGAAAUUUUCUGUUUCACCGACCUGAUCUUCGAAAAGACCCGCGAAUAAAUGAGAUCAAAAGGAUUAGAAAAAAACUCUAGUUAAAUUAUUAGAAAUUUCAUUAUUUUUCUUUUUUCUGUAUUCCUUGCCAAAGAAGAAGAAUCUUUUUCUUUUUCAUCGUUCAACCGCAUUGGACAGCUCGCUGAUCUUUCGAGAAGAAGAAAGGGUACGGACGGAUCAUUGUUUCACAUAGAGAACGAUUCAUAAAUUAUUUUUAUCAUCGUUUUAUCCUUUCGAUAGUCAUAUUGUAACGAUAGAUGAGUAUGCGGGAAUGCGCGUGAGAGAGGCUGAGAAAGAGCGUAAAUUAAAUUGUUCAAAGUUAGAAUGAGGGUGCAGAUGUAUCAACGAAAGGAUGUUUUGCAACGAGGAGUUUAUUAGACAGAAUAGUAGCGUAAUAAGGGAUUAGAUGGUUUGAAGUAUUUUUAGAUUUAUAGGCCACGGACGCGCUCGAAACGUUCGUGUUCUUUGGACGUACCUCUCGUUGCCACCACGAUGACCUGGACCAUUUUAUGAGUCCGUCGAUCGUUGUCUCAAAACAAAAAAUGACAAAAAAAAAAACAUAGAAUACGUGUGAGAGAGAGAGAACGAGUGAUCAUUGUUAGAAGAAUUCGUAUCGUCAUAAUUGACGAUGUGUCUCGUUCUCUUACGUCGAGGACCUAAGAAUCGAUCAGGAUCGAUCAAACCUUGUAAAUUUUCAAGAACACUUAGAAUUGUAAUAUCACUUUGGUACUUAAAGUGAGAGUGAAAAGUUCCUUGAAAAUCAUGAGAAUUUUGGGAAACCUGAUACUCCAGUAGUUGUAAUUCAAAUUUGCAAUGUAAAUUUUUGUGUGAUCACGUUAUUGGAUAAUUCCAGGAAUUCGGUGAGAAUAAAUAUAGAUACUUUUCGAAUAAAGAAAAUGGAAAGAUAA